GUAGUUGAGCAAUAAACGGUUUGUAUAGUGCGCUCACAUAGUCACAUAAAAAACCGGUUUUCCAACCGCCAAUAAAUCAGCGGAAGACGAAGAGGAGCUCAGACACUGUCUCACUGUUUACUAUCAGACAAUGGAUUCAAGCUACUAAGAUGGAGAGUAAAUAGCAGCGGGUUGUGUCAAAGCCGCCGCACCCUCAGCUGAGGACUCUGGUCUUCGCAUCCUGGCUGCUGGGCUACGUCGUCUUCCUGCUCUCCAUCCGGAGGAUGUGGACGGGGAAGUACGUCCGCAGUCCGCUCGUCCGCUCGUUGUUUUCCAACAUGGUGAGCGAGGGCGACGCGGCCGCCGCGGACACUGAAGAGUGGUACCGGUGCUGUCCUGACCUCCUCGGAGAGUCUGUGAGGCCCCUGUUCGUUCAGAGCCACCUGGACUCGGACACCAGGGCUUUCCUGAAGCAGAGUGUGGAGAAGUCUGGCUGGAUGUUCACUCAGCUCUACCAUUCCUUCGUAUCGACGGUCCUCAGCCCUCUGGUCUCACGCACCUCCAUCAAUGGGUAUCUGGGCCGUGGCUCCAUGUUUGUGUUUUCCGCGUCGCAGCUCCAGCAGAUACUCCGGAUUGAGCCGGAGUGGAGGGCACAGAGGCUCCUGGACCUGGGAGCUGGGGAUGGAGGCGUCACAGAGGUGAUGGGGGCCCAUUUCAACGAGGUCUAUGCAACUGAGGUGUCGCCACCAAUGAGAUGGCAUCUUCAGAGGAGGAAUUACAAAGUGCUGGAUAUAGACGAGUGGCAGCAGACUGGUUUCCUCUAUGACGUCAUCAGCUGUUUGAACCUGCUGGACCGUUGCAACGAUCCUCUGUUCCUCCUGCGGGAGAUCAAGCGAUCGCUAGUUCCCAACACGGGGAGACUCAUCCUGGCCGCGGUGCUUCCCUUCCAGCCCUAUGUGGAAGUCGGAGGACAAUGGCAGCGUCCCACAGAACACCUCAAAAUAAAAGGAAAGACAUGGGAGGAGCAAGUAACCAACAUGUCGGAUGAGGUGUUCAGCAGGGUGGGGUUUGAGGUGGAGGCGGUGACCCGGUUGCCAUACCUCUGUGAAGGGGACAUGUACAACGAUUACUACAUGCUUGAUGAUGCAGUUUUUGUUCUCAAGGCCUCAGAGACGAGUGAAGAGGCUGCUCAGUGAAAAGCAAAUCCACUGUGCAGCUGAGGCUCUUGACUUCAUCUUGGAUGGGUUUUAGUGCAAUUUCCAUAAGCUUCAUUCGUACAACACGGUAUUUCUGACCUGCUCAAACGGUGUGGGUCAGAUGUGGAGCUCAGGUUCUGUAAUUCCUACGUUUACCAGCCAUCUUGUGUGACAGUGAUACCUCUACCUUUUAAGCAAAAAAAACAAAAGUGGCAAUUGACCGCUAUCGAGAUGCCACAGAAGAUGACGUCUUCUAAGACAUAUCAUCACGUUGUAGAUGUUUAUUCAAUUGAAGUCUGUUAUUUGUGGGAAGUGUUUACUGUUAGUGUUUUAUCCUUCUGUAAUAAUACUGGGAAGACUCAUUGCUGAAUUAAUUAACUCUCCAUCUAUCGCAAAGGACCAGUGUAUGCACAAACAUGGUGAAUGGAGCGCCUUGUGUUGAGAUGCUUCAUUUUAAAUUUGAAAGUAGUGAUAACAGGUGUAAUAUGAGGCCUUCUGAAAGCGAGCCUGUGUAACUUUGAACAGCAGUUACUGCAGUCACAAGUGACAACGACUGAGUAAUGCUUAGAGAUGUAUUAAUUUGUUUCUCUGGCCAAUUGGUCUCCACCAACUCCUGAGAAACAUAUCUGGCUCUUAAGCUACUACUGUACUGUUCACCACAUUGCUGCUAGAUUGGUCUGUCUGUCAUUUUAAGCUGAGAUCAGCUCACUGCUGUGGCUGGAAAGGACUUUGUUCAGAGUACAUUUCAUUUCAUUUGGGCUGGAAAUAAACAACAACAGUUCAAAUAUAGCCAUUAUGAACAACUUUCAUAUUAAAUAAACUCAUUGGACCCAUUGCUUCUUUGUAAAAUACUGUUAAGUGCAAGUUUCAUGGUAAAACAUUGUGUAACGAUAACACAAGUGGUAAAAAGCCAUUAAGGCAAACUCUACACAGCAAUAUCUAACCACAGUAUUCUAACAUUUGCCAGCUUUAACUACCAGAACAACUAUGGCUGUCACAGCUAAUCUUUGAGUCUCAACUUUAAGCAAAGAUGUGUCUCUUUGUUUAUGCAUCUGUUUUUUGUAAGAGAAAGAUUUUGUUUCUUCCAAAUAGUUACAUGGUCUCGCUUUAUAUCAGUGUUGUUCACCUCGUAUGUUACUGCACAGCGGACGCUUUUGAAAUGUGCCACAAUUAAUGCAACAUUUGCAUUGAGAGAGUGUGAUAUGAUAUGAUAUGAUGACAACUCAAUAAAAACGAUA